AUGGUUUCGAAACGGGCCUUCAUCUGCAGCCUGGGCUCCAUCUACCUGUCCCUCCUCUUUGUUUUCCUCCUCAUGGACGUCUAUGCGCGGCCUGCCAACAACUCCGCCUUGAAAGAGAAGGCGGCGGCCGAGAACAACGAUGAGAACGAGAUCUUGCCCCCGGACCACUUGAAUGGGGUCAAGAUGGAGAUGGACGGGCAUCUCAACAAGGAGUUCCACCAGGAGGUCUUCCUUGGGAAGGAGAUGGAGGAGUUUGACGAAGAUUCAGAACCACGAAGGAACAGGAGGAAGCUCAUGGUUAUUUUCUCAAAAGUCGACAUCAACAAGGACAAAAAGAUCAGUGCAAAGGAGAUGCAGCGCUGGAUCAUGGAGAAGACAGAAGAGCACUUCCAGGAGGCCGUGGAAGAGAACAAAAUACACUUCCGGGCCGUGGACCCCGAUGGUGAUGGUCACGUGUCCUGGGAUGAGUACAAAAUCAAGUUCUUGGCAAGCAAGGGGAUGAAUGAGAAGGAGGUGGCUGAAAAAAUCAAAAACAACGAGGAGCUCAAAAUAGACGAGGAAACACAGGAAGUCCUUGACAACUUGAAAGACCGCUGGUAUCAAGCCGACAAUCCGCCCACGGACCUUUUGCUGAAUGAGGAAGAAUUCCUGUCCUUCCUUCACCCAGAGCACAGCAGGGGAAUGUUGAAGUUUAUGGUGAAGGAAAUCGUCCGGGAUCUGGAUCAGGACGGCGAUAAGAAGCUGACCCUUUCCGAGUUCAUCUCCUUGCCCGUCGGCACCGUGGAGAACCAGCAGGCUCAGGACAUUGAUGACGACUGGGUGAAAGACAGGAAGAAAGAGUUCGAGGAAGUCAUUGAUGCCGACCACGACGGCAUCGUCACUAUGGAAGAGCUGGAGGAAUACAUGGACCCCAUGAACGAAUACAACGCCUUGAACGAAGCGAAGCAGAUGAUUGCCGUGGCCGACGAGAACCAGAACCACCACUUGGAGCAAGAGGAGAUCUUGAAAUACAGCGAGUAUUUCACCGGCAGCAAGCUCAUGGACUACGCACGAAAUGUCCACGAGGAAUUCUGAGGAAUUGACCGAGAGGGGCUCUCACACACUCUCUCUCUUUCUCUCUCUGUCUCGAUGCACCUUCUUGCUUUCCCCCAAAAAACAAAGGUUACCUUUUGCUGCUAUAUCUGUGUUCUGUGUGUAUACAGUGCGGUGUUCUAGACUUCCUUUUUUGUUUUUGAACGAAAGCCGUCCACAAAUGAAAAAGAGCUAUAGCUCGCUUGCCUUCGAGAGGAAAGUGCUCUCUGAUUUCUACAGGGAAGGAUCCGCACCAGUUCUUGCCUGUGCUGUCGAUCGGCAACUUCUUUUUAUUUCCCUCCUUCAGGACACUCGGUUGUACCCUGCAAAUGCCACGCCCAGUUCUGCUCUACUGUUUGGACUUUGAGAUGGCACCUUUAGUAUUUGAGGACCAUUAUCUUUGCCUGGGUGCUGGGUGGGGAGGCGAGGAACUCACGGGCUGCUUUCUUUGGUUUCGCAUUGGUUUGAAGUUUCUGUUUUGGCGAUUGCAGCGGUUUCCCACACCCAGUGCAUCCUUUCAAACCAGCGUUGGGUUCCCUUUGCAAGCAGCCGGAUGGUGGGCCAGUUCUGGGUUAGAAAGCAGCCUUUCCCCCAGCAAAAUCAGCAAAGUCAGCCUUGCAGUAGAUUGUGUCCUUCCGCUUGCCCAGGCAGGAGCCCACAUGACCAGCUGGUCCAGCACUUUCUCCUCUCCUUCCUUUACUCUCCUCCUGGCUCAACACACGCCAAAGCUCAAGCGAUCCUAAGCCACAGUGCAGCAGGCUUCAAGGAACGACAAUAUCUUGCAUAGAUUUAGUGCCUUGAGCCAGGACGCUCCAGUGGCUGCUUCUGCUGGAGUUAAUAUCACACAAGUCUCACGAACAAGUCGCACUCGCAUGCCAGCUGAGGCGUUCUUUCCUAGGCAGCAAAUGUCUCAACAGAGGCAUCUCUUCAGGGACCUAGGCACACAGGUGUAACUACAGUCUUCAUGGCUGAGCUGCUCACAUGCCAGCAUCUCACACUGCGCGGCCUGUGGAAGAGGCAACACUCAGCGUUUAUUGGCUGGAGUUUGGCAGCAGCUCCCCUUGCUAUCAAGCACUCCCCCCCCCCCAGCAGAUAGACCUCAAGAAUGUUCUCUUGCUCACGGACAAAAGCACCAUGAAAGUGCAUUUUAACCAUCUGGGCCGAUCACAGCCCAAGUCACUGUGCAGGGAGGCAGAGGACCCCUUCCAAUGGGCAGAAGUCCCAUCUCGAGUUGUAGAGCACGACAGAUCCAGGGGGAGGACAAUCCGGUAGCAAGAUCCCUAAGCAGGCAGGCACCAGGUCAUGCCAGGGUUAUGGGCUGCUUUUCUAGAUUGGGGUCUAGGGGUAUGUUUGAACAGCAUCUGCUUCUCGGUUAAAUAGAGGUGGGUGCACCUGUCUCUUAAUAAAAACGAUUUGUUUGAGGAAAAAAUGUGCAAGCGCAGGUUGUCAAGGAGAGAGCUGUGAGCGCUCUUUUAUAUUUCAGCAGUGCCUGAGAGUUAAUACACUGCAAGCGACAAACGUGCCCCUCAUCUUUGUUCGAAGAUGGAAUAAGGGUGGGUGGGCCUCUCUGGCAUUAUCCCAAAAUGGGCAGCAGGCUAUGGUUAAGCUCUAAACCGCAGCAUUCAUUAGGUACAUCCUACCUUGUCAUAGGACCUAAAAGGGGUAUCACAUAAUUGUAGAGUUGGAAGGGAUCCUGAGGAUCAUCUAGUCCAACCCCCUGCAAUGCAGGAAGAUGCAGCUGCCCAUACAAGGAUCGAACCUGCAACCUUAGUGUUAUCAGUGCUGCGCUCUAACCAACUGAGCGAUCCAGGGUAGCUUCAGAGGCACCAGUUUGUUCCGUACUCCUGUGCAUGCCCUGUUAACCUGCGCUUGGAGAGUGCACUUGUUUAUAUAGGCUAUGCAAACCCAAGUUGCCUGGACCGCGGUGUCCAAUCGGUGCCCGCCACAGAGAGUUUGCUUUAUGCCGAAUAUAGGUGCAUGCUUGGGAGCCGUUCAGAAUGCAGUGGUGCAGGAAAAGUGGGUGGAAUCCAGCUAGGCUGAGGAAGAGGUCUCCUGAAGAUCUCUUGCUAGCAAAGUGGAGCAGCCCAGUGAACCCAGAACUGCGAGAAGUGAGAGUUGUAACCAAGAGACUUCCUGGUGUGUGUUGGAUCUGACACAAGGGUAAUCUUAAGGAGAGGGCUGGAGGAAAGGCAUCAAAUCAUAAAAAGUCACAGGUAGUGAAUUGGAGGGAGAUUGCAAGUGAGUCUCUGGCCGGUCAAAGCUUAGUCGGAUGAUGGAGUUGUUCCUCAGGAAUACAUAAAUUCAAAUAACCCAGUUACUGGUGGAAGACUUUCUACAGGAAGACUGAACGAUUCCCUUCUUCAGGUUCAGAAGUUGUUUCCCUGACGAGGGUUAUGUUCAUAAACGUUUGAAUUUUAAUUUAAAUGGGUUUAUUCUGCUCCUGUCCUUUAUACAGAAACACCAACACAACCCUGUUCUUUUAAGAAUUGCAGCUUAAGGUGUCUGAUGUUACCCUCCUUAAUAGAAUGUAAAUACAUGUAA